AUGUCCCGCUAUGAUCAGAAUGAGUUUGGGGAGGCUCGGCCCUUUCUGCGCAAAACGGACCUGGAGCAGCUGGCGGCGCAGACACUGACCUUUGAUGGGAAAAAGCGCGCGUGGAUCCCGGAUGAGAAGGAGGCCUACAUCGAGAUAGAAGUGAAAGAGCUGAGUGGUGAUAAUGUCAUUGUGGAGACUAAAGACGGAAAGACGCUGACCGUGAAGGACUCGGACAUCCAGCAGAUGAACCCUCCUAAGUACGACAUGAUCGAGGACAUGGCCAUGCUCACUCACCUCAACGAGGCCUCGGUGCUCUACAACCUGCGCAGGCGCUAUGGGGCCUGGAUGAUUUAUACGUACUCGGGCCUGUUCUGUGUCACUGUAAACCCGUACAAGUGGCUGCCCGUGUACGCUCCUCCGGUGGUGGCAGCGUACAAGGGCAAGAGGCGCUCCGAGGCGCCUCCGCACAUCUACUCCAUCGCAGACAACGCCUACAAUGACAUGCUGCGCAAUCGAGAGAACCAGUCCAUGCUUAUCACCGGAGAAUCCGGUGCUGGCAAAACUGUCAACACGAAACGUGUCAUUCAGUAUUUUGCCAUUGUGGCAGCUCUUGGGGAAACAACUGCUAAGAAAGGAGGCACUCUGGAAGACCAGAUUAUCGAGGCGAACCCAGCGAUGGAGGCAUUUGGAAAUGCCAAAACCCUGAGGAACGAUAACUCAUCUCGCUUUGGCAAGUUUAUCAGAAUCCAUUUUGGGCCGUCUGGAAAACUGGCCUCCUCUGACAUUGACAUAUAUCUUCUGGAAAAAUCCAGAGUGAUCUUUCAGCAGCCUGAGGAGCGCAGUUACCACAUCUAUUAUCAGAUCAUGUCUCAGAAGAGGCCUGAGCUCUUAGACAUGCUACUGGUGUCCUCCAACCCGUAUGACUACCACUUCUGCUCCCAAGGAGUGACCACUGUGGAGAAUAUGAAUGAUGGGGAAGAGCUCUUGGCUACUGAUCAUGCCAUGGACAUCCUGGGUUUCCUGCCUGAUGAGAAGUAUGGCUGCUAUAAAAUAGUUGGUGCCAUUAUGCAUUUUGGCAACAUGAAGUUCAAGCUAAAACAGCGUGAGGAGCAGGCGGAGACCGACGGCACUGAAAGUGCAGACAAGGCCUCAUACCUGAUGGGUGUCAGCUCAGCUGAUCUCAUCAAGGGUCUGCUACACCCUCGAGUGAAGGUGGGAAACGAGUAUGUUGUGAAGGGACAAAAUGUAGAACAGGUGGUGUUUGCCGUCGGUGCUCUGGCUAAAGCCACGUAUGACCGUAUGUUCAAGUGGCUGGUGGGACGUAUUAACCGCACUCUCUACACGUCACUGUCUCGACAGUUCUUCAUAGGCGUCCUGGACAUUGCUGGAUUUGAGAUAUUUGAGCUCAACAGCUUUGAACAGCUGUGCAUCAACUUCACAAAUGAAAAAUUGCAACAGUUUUUCAACCACCACAUGUUUAUUCUGGAGCAGGAAGAGUACAAGAGGGAGGGAAUUGAGUGGACUUUCAUAGACUUUGGCCUUGACCUCCAGGCUUGUAUUGAUCUUAUUGAAAAGCCUCUUGGAAUCAUGUCCAUCCUUGAAGAGGAGUGCAUGUUUCCGAAGGCCACAGACAGUAGCUUUAAAGCCAAAAUGUACGACAAUCACUAUGGAAAGUCUCCCAAUUUCCAAAAGCCCAGACCAGACAAGAAACGCAAAUAUGAAGCCCAUUUUGAACUGGUGCAUUAUGCUGGCGUGGUUCCAUAUAACCUUGCUGGCUGGCUCGAUAAAAAUAAAGACCCCUUAAAUGAGACAGUGGUAGCAUGCUUUCGGAAAUCAGCCAACAAGUUGCUGGCCUCACUGUUCGAGAACUUCAUUGCCUCAGACACAGCAACAGGUGAAGGCAAGUCUGGGGCCAAGGAGAAGAGGAAGAAGGCGUCCUCGUUCCAGACGGUGUCCCAGCUUCACAAGGAAAACCUUAACAAGCUGAUGACUAACUUAAGAAGCACACAGCCUCACUUCGUCAGGUGCAUAAUCCCGAACGAGACCAAGACUCCGGGGAUCAUGGACGCAUUCAUCGUGCUCCACCAGCUGCGCUGCAACGGUGUGCUGGAGGGUAUCAGAAUCUGUCGGAAGGGCUUUCCUAACCGCAUUCUCUAUGCUGAGUUCAAACAGCGUUAUCGCAUCUUAAACCCCCAUGCCAUCCCAGACGAUACGUUUGUGGACAGCAGGAAGGCGGCAGAGAAACUUCUGGCAUCAUUAGACAUCGAUCACAACCAGUACCGGUUUGGACACACAAAGGUCUUCUUUAAAGCAGGGCUGCUGGGUCAACUGGAAGAACUCAGGGAUCAGCGUUUGGCCAAAUGCUUGACUCUGCUGCAGGCCGUGGCUCGAGGAAAGAUUAUGAGACUAGAACUUCAUAGGAUGACAGAGAUGAAGGAGGCCUUGAUGAUCAUUCAGUGGAACAUUAGAGCCUUUAACGCAGUCAAACACUGGCCCUGGAUGAAACUCUUCUUUAAGAUUAAGCCUCUGCUGAAGAGCGCCGCCACAGAGAAAGAGCUGGCCUCUCUGAAGGAGGAGCUGAACAAACUGAAGGAGGCUCUGGAGAAGUCCGAGCUGAAGAGGAAGGAGCUGGAGGAGCGUCAGGUCAGCCUGGUCCAAGAGAAGAACGACCUGUCCCUGCAGCUCCAGGCGGAGCAAGACAACCUGGCUGAUGCAGAGGAUCGAUGUGACCUCCUCAUCAAGACCAAGAUCCUGCUGGAGGCCAAAGUGAAAGAGCUGAUGGAGAGGCUGGAGGAUGAGGAGGAGAUGAAUGCCAACGUACUCGCCAAGAAGCGCAAACUGGAGGACGAGUGUGCUGAGCUCAAGAAGGACAUCGACGACCUGGAGAUCACCUUGGCCAAAGUGGAGAAGGAGAAACAUGCCACUGAGAACAAGGUGAAGAACCUUAUUGAAGAGAUGGCAGCUCUGGAUGAAUCCAUUCUAAAGCUAACAAAGGAAAAGAAGGCUCUUCAGGAGGCCCAUCAGCAGACACUGGACGACCUCCAGGCAGAGGAAGACAAAGUCAACUCUCUGACCAAGGCCAAGACCAAGCUGGAGCAGCAAGUGGAUGAUCUGGAGAGUUCUCUGGAACAAGAGAAGAAGAUUCGUUUAGACCUUGAACGGAUUCGCCGCAAACUGGAGGGUGAUCUGAAGCUGUCUCUGGAGUCCGUCAUGGACCUGGAGAACGACAAGCAGCAACUCGAAGAGAAGCUGAAAAAAAAAGACUUUGAGAUCAAUGUGAUGAGUGGAAAAAUUGAAGAUGAGCAGGUGGUGGUCAACCAGCUGCAGAAGAAGAUAAAGGAGCUGCUGGCGCGCAGUGAGGAGCUGGAGGAGGAGCUGGAGGCUGACCGGGCCUGCAGAGCCAAAGUGGAGAAGCAGCGUGGAGAUGUAGCCCGAGAGCUGGAGGAGCUGAGUGAGCGGCUGGAGGAGGCUGGAGGGGCCACCUCAGUCCAGGUUGAAAUGAACAAGAAGAGAGAGGCCGACUUUCUGAAACUGCGCCGGGACCUGGACGAAGCCAUGCUGCACCACGAGGCCACCACCGCCGCCCUGAGGAAGAAACACGCGGAUAGUGUGGCCGAGCUGAGCGAGCAAUUGGACAGUCUCCAGAGAGUCAAGCAGAAGCUGGAGAAGGAGCGCAGCGAGGCCAAGAUGGAGGUCGAUGAUCUGGCCUCCACAGUGGAGCAGCUGUCCAAAGCCAAGGCCACUUCUGAGAAAAUGUGCCGCUCGUAUGAAGACCAGAUGAACGAAGCAAAAGCUAAAGUAGAGGAGCUCCAGAGACAGCUCAGUGACGCCAGCACGCAGAAGGCCCGAGCGCAGGCUGAGGGUGCUGAGGUUGCGAGGAAACUUGAAGAGCGAGAGGCCCUGGUGUCCCAGCUCCAACGUGCAAAGAACUCUUUCAGCCAAAAUGUGGAAGAGCUCAAGAAGCAGUUGGAUGAGGAAAACAAGAGCAAGAGUGCUUUGGCUCACGCCCUGCAGUCGUCGCGACACGACUGCGAUCUCUUGAGGGAGCAGUACGACGAGGAGCAGGAGACCAAAGCUGAGCUCCAGAGAGCUCUGUCCAAAGCAAAUGUGGAGGUCGCUCAGUGGAGGACUAAGUAUGAGACUGACGCCAUCCAGAGAACGGAGGAGCUGGAAGAGGCCAAGAAGAAGCUGGUGGUUCGUCUCCAGGAAAUGGAGGAGAGCGUGGAGGCAUCAAAUGCUAAAUGCUCCUCUCUGGAGAAGACCAAGCACCGGCUCCAAACGGAGAUUGAAGACUUGGUCAUUGACCUGGAGAGAGCCAAUGCCGCAGCUACUGCUUUGGACAAGAAGCAACGUAACUUUGACAAGGUGCUGUCUGAGUGGAGGCAGAAGUAUGAGGAGUGUCAGACUGAGCUGGAGUCAUCUCAGAAAGAGGCUCGCAGUCUGAGCACAGAGCUAUUUAAGCUCAAGAAUUCCUAUGAAGAAACUCUGGAACAUUUGGAAACUCUCAAACGAGAGAAUAAGAACCUCCAAGAGGAGAUCAGUGACUUGACCGAUCAAAUCAGUCAAGGAUCUAAGACCAUCCAUGAGCUGGAGAAAAUCAAGAAAGGCCUGGACCUGGAGAAGAGCGAGAUACAAGCUGCUCUGGAAGAAGCUGAAGGCACUCUGGAGCAUGAGGAGAGUAAAACACUGCGCAUUCAGUUGGAGUUGAACCAGAUCAAGGCAGAUCUGGACAGAAAACUGGCAGAAAAGGAGGAGGAGUUGGACAAUCUGAGGCGGAACCACCAGAGGACGCUGGAGUCCAUGCAGGCCUCACUUGAUGCUGAAUCCAAAUCUCGCAAUGAAGCAGUGCGCCUGAGGAAGAAGAUGGAGGGUGAUUUGAAUGAGAUGGAAGUGCAGCUGAACCACGCCAACAGACAGGCUGCAGAGUCCCAGAAGCAACUUCGGAACCUGCAGAUCCAAUUUAAGGAUGUUCAGCUGGAGCUGGAUGACACUGUUCAUAAGAACGAGGAGCUGAAGGAGCAGAUGGCUGUGACUGACCGCAGGAACAACCUCCUGGUGGCCGAGGUGGACGAGCUGCGCUCACUGCUGGAGCAGAACGAUCGUGCACGAAAACUGGCUGAACAUGAACUGCUGGAGACCUCUGAGAGGGUCAACCUGCUGCACGCCCAGAACACGGGGCUCAUCAACCACAAAAAGAAACUUGAAAGUGAUCUAUCGAUGCUGUCUGGAGAGGUGGACGACGCUGUGCAGGAGUGUCGUAAUGCAGAAGAGAAGGCCAAAAAGGCCAUCACUGAUGCGGCCAUGAUGGCAGAAGAACUGAAAAAGGAGCAGGACACCAGUGCUCAUCUGGAGAGGAUGAAGAAAAACAUGGAGCAGACCAUUAAGGACCUGCAAAUGCGCUUAGAUGAGGCGGAGCAGAUCGCCCUCAAAGGGGGCAAAAAGCAACUGCAGAAGCUGGAGGCCAGGGUCAAAGAACUUGAAAAUGAACUCGAAGCUGAGCAAAAGAAAAGCCAGGAGUAUCAAAAAGGAGUUCGCAAGUUUGAGAGGAGAAUCAAAGAGCUCUCCUAUCAGGGAGAGGAGGACAAGAAGAAUAUGAUCCGUCUUCAAGAACUUAUUGACAAGCUCCAGGCCAAAGUCAAGAGCUACAAGAGGCAGACAGAAGAAGCCGAGGAACAGGCCAACACCAACCUGUCCAAAUACAGAAAACUACAGCACGAGCUGGAUGAUGCAGAGGAGAGGGCAGACAUGGCUGAAACACAAGUCAAUAAGCUUCGUGUGCGCACCCGCGAUCAAGGCAGCAAGCAUGCAGAGUGA